CUCAGGUGUCCUCUGGUAUCUUCGUCUCAUGAAAAAAGCACGUGUGAUGUUUUUUAUAUUAUAAAUAUGGCGGAAUCAGAAGCUCAAGAAGUCGGACUGUCGUUUGGUGGGUACGAUGAAGAAUUUAUAAAUGCCGUCGAAGACGAUUUACAGUGUACAAUCUGUCAUCUACCUUUGAAGGAUCCAAUGCUGACUAAAUGUGGCCACAGAUGUUGCAAGAAGUGUCUUGAUGAACACUUCAAAAGGUAAGCAAUUUCUGAGUAUUAAAUACCAGCUAGUACCCUAAUUUGAUCAAAAUUAUUAGCUAUUAUUGUAUUGAAACAGAGUAAAUUUUGUCACCUGCAACCAUUUAAGUUUAUUUUGAUUUCCCUCUGGUGCGCUUGCCCCGUGCGCUUGUAGGUGAUCAUGCGGUGUCAUUAGUGACGGGGAUAAUCCAAUGGAGGCAAAACUCAAAAUCCCCAGGGCUUCGAACAAAACCACACUGAAACACCUGGACCAAAUAUUAACCCCCAAAAAAUUCCGUGCGGAAUUUUCGAGCCUGAGAAUUCAUUUUAGCAAAGGGGAAUCCCUGUGAGGACAAAGCCGGCGCAUGAUACAUCAAUUCAAUGAAAUAUGAAGCCUUGCUGGAUAGGACACUUACAUGUAUGAAUACGGCCAUCCCUUAGCUUGAGGCCCGGUACCCUAGCAUGAUUACUGUGGAGCUGUGAAACAAGAAGACAUAAAAGCAAAUGGCGGAAAUGUGAUACUUGUGGUCGAUUGUCAUAGUACAAUCAAAAGAUACACUGCCAACGCUACUAUAUGUUGUUAUGAAAUGUUGUUACAAUGCUUAUUUUUGAGAUAACGAGAAUUAAUUGAAGGAAUUAUUUCUAUUAUUUUUCGAAAAUGCAAACAUUUGGGUUGAUGGCCUGACCAAUUUUAUGGAAUAUAUUGAGUGGGUUAAUACAAUUAUACCGUAAAAUUCCCAAAAUAAGCCCCAGCAUGUAUAAGCCCCUCCAAAUAAGAGCCCCCAAACUUGUAACGGAAAAAAACCCUCCAAAAAAACGCCCCUCUGAGUAUAAGCCCUCCCCCCCCCCCUAAUAAAAACAUUUGGUUUAAUGCCCUACCCAAUUUUAUGGAAAAUAUUGGGGGGGUUAAAAAAAUUAACCCCAAAAAUCCCCAAAAAACGCCCCACCAGUUAAAAGCCCCCCCAAAAAAGGGCCCCCAAACUUGUAACGGAAAAAACCCCCCCAAAAAAACCCCCCCCUGGGUAAAAGCCCCCCCCCCCCCCCCGGGGGGGUUGUGUUUGGAAAUUGCCCUGAAAUACAAAUAAACCAAAGCAAAAAUGGUAAAGUUCCUUUCAGCUAUAAGCUUAGUAAUAAGCCCAAUCGAUUUUGAAACACACAAUUGCCUCCGUGCAGAAGCCCCUCUGAAUACAAGCCCCUCAAAAAAUAAGCCCCUCAAAAAGGGCCUUUAAAAAAUAUAAGCCCCAGGGCUUAUUUUGAGAAUUUUACAGUAAUUGAAUGUGUUAAUUUUUUUAAACAAUCACAAAUUAAACAAGUUUGGUUCAUGGUUAUACUAAUGAUGAUGACACUGCACAGCUGGUAUAUACUGCAAAUUCCAUGAAUCCCUACUUAAACCAAGACACCUACAGGGGAAUGCAAACAUCAGCAUAUUUGAAUGAAUCUUUCUCUUGGGGAACUAUCGAGUCUUCUACACGGAGGUCUUCUGGGAAGUUAAGACAGAAUCCACCAGGAAACUGAGUAUUUUUGAUUCUCAGUGGACAAAAACCUUGUACCAGAAUAAUUUAAAGAAUAUUGCGUUCUUUUUUACUUUUUUAAAGGGCUAAAGAUGUAAUAAUAGUCGUCGGUAAAACCUUGUACCAGAAUAAUUUAAAGAAUAUUGCGUUCUUUUUUACUUUUUUCAAGGGCUAAAGAUGUAAUAAGACAUCUGUAAUAACACCAAAGAAACUCUGUAAUGGGAGUCCAAGAAAAUGAAUGUCAAAUUUCAGAAGAAUUCUGAAUACACAGAUAAAAUUUUGGAACUUUCAUGUGUAAGAUGUAAUUUUGUGAAAUUUGACAUUCAUUUUCUCGGGCUCCCAUAAGAGAUUUUCUUUGGUGUUAUUUCAAAUGGGUAAUAACAUCUUUAGCCCUUGAAAAAUGUAAACAAGAAUGUAACAUACUUUAGAUUAUUUUGGCAUAAGGUUUUUGUCCACUGAGAAUUAAAAUUACUCAAUUUCCUGGUGGAUUCUGUCUUAAAAUGCAAUGAAGUCUCAUAUUUGUUUACAUGAGUGAUUAUACUCUGUAUUCAAUUAUUGACUGCACAGAUUGGAGGUCAACAAUGAAUCGUUAUAUUGUCCUGUGGACCGAAACACCCUGAUACGAGAUAAGGUAGGUGACCUGCGCUGUGCUUCAUCUGUGUUGGUGCAUUUAAAAUCUGUUUUUAAAGGAAGAGUAUUUUCAGCAGCAGAGAAAAUAGUAGUCUCUGUAGUAGUCUGCAUGUAUUUUUCUUUUGAAACUUCCAGAAGUGCUAAUUGCUCAGAGGAAUUUUUUUCUGGUGUUUAAAACUUAUUUAAUCUCAUCUGUAGCCAUAUAACAUUCAAUUGUGAAAUGAGAACUUUGACAACUCUCUUUUUUCCGCAUUGCACUGUACAUGGUCUGAGGAAACACUUAGUUUUCUGCAUUUGUUAUGGUUUCUAUCAAUUUAUUAUUGAUACUGCUUAUUUGAUAACCAUGCACCUGGAAAAAGAAAGUAUUGUUUUAGAAUAAGUCUUGAAUCCAACAUUUAAAAAACUGUAUGGACCCUUUAGUCUGCACUGUUUCACUUGUAGGAUGUUUUUGGUGACAAAGCUACAGAACGGAAGAUUCUUUCCUUGGUAAUCAAGUGUCCAAGUGAAGGUUGUAGCUGGAUGGGUGAACUGAGAAACAAAGAGGUGAGUGGAAUUUAUAGCCUUAGACAAUCAACUAUGUACUUUAAGAUCUUAAAACUGGGCAGGUACAGAACUUUCUCUCCGUAGGUAGUUGAAAGUAGCCCGGCCAACUAAAAAAACAUUCUCUUGGGGGGAUCUGCAUUAGGGGUCUGACAGCCCAUUGUCAACUAGCUCUUUUAGAAACCAGCAUUAGACACGCAAUACAUUAAAUAAAAUAUAUGUGAGAGCUUAGAAUGCACUGAUGCUAUUCAUGUUGCAACUAGUUCCAAUAAUAUGAAAGGUAUGUCCACACCUGUGGGCAUAUUAAAAUAUGUGCCUCAUAUCUUUUUCCAGAUUCACUUGGCUUCAUGCAAUUUCAAGCUCAUUUCCUGUUCUAAUGAAAACUGUGAAAUGAAAGUAUCAAGGAAAGAUCUUGAAGAACAUGCAACCAAGAAAUGUCAGUGGAGGACUGUGGAUUGUGAUCACUGCCAUGAACUCUAUCCAGAAUGUCAAAUGGAGGUAAUUAAACCAGCGGCGGUGUCGGAGCAUUAAAAUAUAAAGUGGGGGGCUCUGUUUUUUAGUCCUAAUGGGUUGACCGUGGUAAAAUAAAAGAAAGUUACUUGUUACUCUCCAAAGUUGGGGGCUUCCGCCACCUAUGUAAACAAACUGAUUCUUCAAUAAGUUAUUCUUUACACUCGGUCAAAUGCAAAACAAAAGAGCUUUAUACAGGUGCCCACUACUACAACUGAUCAUUAAUUACCACCACCAUUAAAUCUGCCACUGCCAAUCACACCACUACUGCUAUCACUACUGCUACAAUAUAUAUUGCCACUACCACUACUAAUCAGUAUCACUACCUUUACCACUACCACUACCUGCUACUUAACUGCUAGUUCUUCCACUAGGACUGUGGAUCACUACUAGCCUGCUACAACAAAGUCAUUAUUUACCUGUGAUUAAAAUACAAAUCCCCUGUCAUAAUUAAUUAAGCCAUUCACUCCUGGAAAUUUUGCUGAUAAACGUCUUUGGAAGCUUAUAGUCAAGAUGUUUUAUGGUCUCUGUAUGGCCAAAGUGAACAAAAACUGCCUGUGACAUUGUUUCAUUAGUUAAGCACUUCACGGCUUUUUGUUAGCCUCUGUACAGACCUCUCCCUCCCCUCUCCGAUUUUUGAUUUUUCCUGAGGGGAGGAAAGUCUCUACUCAACUUUCUGUUCCUGAUUUUAAACACCACCUUUUCAAAUUUGGGGCAUUCCCAAAAACCACAAUUUCACUUUGUCUCCUCCUCUAUUUUUCAUUAGCUGGGCAUUACUAGGCUUCAUUUCCGUGAAAAACGUUGUGGGGAAAACGUUUAGGACCGUAGCAUUAGAUGGAAAGAAGUGCAGAUGGGUAGUGGAACAAAAUUUUCAUUGAAAUUUAUGGGUCAAUUUUACAUGGCUUUUUUGCGAUUUUUCUCCGGGCUGUACGGUUUGACUGAAUCGUGUUUAUUUAGGUUUGGUUUGAAAGAUCUCUUCCCUUUGCACGCAUUAGAUAUCAAAGUUGUCUUUGACCGUUAAAGGUGAUGACAUCACAAGCGCCACUAGGGCGAAUGGGUUAAACUAAUAAACAGGUCCAAUCUCAGUGAGAUUCGAGGAAAAAAUUAACUUUUUCUCUUGGGACCUGUCUUAUAGUGAUUUUUUUAUAUAGCCCGCAAAGAUUUUGCUAUGUUGUCCGCUCAGAGAGCCUAUAGCUGGAAAUUUUUACAGUUCAACUUUAUAGUACAGCUUAAAGCUUCACGUAUACGGCAAAUGGCAAACGCCAGAUUCCAGUUGAGAAUUUCUGAAAAUAGAAAAUGAACAGAUAAUAAUAGCUUAAACAAUUCUUAUGGAAAAUAUUUUUAUUUAUGAGUAGAAAUAAUGAACAGUAAACGACAAGUAAAGGGACACGUGGUACAAAUUCACGUUUGACAUUUGACGUAAACGUGAUGAUUACCCUCCCUAAUAAGCAAUCAAGUGACAUAUUAUAGUGGAGCUUAUGGAUCUUAAUACUACAAGUAAAAUUCAAUCCAAGAAAAUUUUGUUAGUCAUAUACCCGUACAUCUGCCCGCCCGCACGUGAUAUUAUUAUUUGCUUUUCAACUAACAGUGACCAUCUAAUUCAUGCCAAUUCUACGAUGUCUGUACAUAUCCUGUGAAGUGCUAAUCUGACAGUUUUUGUUAAAUCUUUUUUGCCACAUGUAGCUGCAUAUCAAGAACUGUAAAAAGUUCCCUGUGCAAUGUUCUGACUGUGAACUGGAGAUGCAACAAGAAGAGGUGAAUUACACUAUAACUCUCUCCUACUUGAAUAUUGGUCAAUUUUAGUGACUAUUGAUGGUGAAGUUUUAAGUAAUGGUCCUGAUAAGAAGGAAAGCACCAACCGCAAUGAACACGUCGGAAUGGAAAAAAAGUUUAAACAAUAAAUUUUAUGAAGUCUUCGCAAAGCAGCUUGUACAUUAAUCCUUAGUUUUCUAACCAUCUUCCUUAUAACAAAAUCUUGUCUGAGUCCAAGUAACACAGAAGUACGUGAAAUUGUAUACUUUUGUCGGCAAAAAACACUCUUUAAAAAUUGAUUUUAAAUACAUUUUAUUUCGUAAACUGCCUUUUUGUUGGUUUAUGCAUUCUUUGUUUGAAAAUGAAAACAUUCCUAUGUGAGGAAAGCGUAUUGCACCAUAAAAAAAAAUUGCUUUCCGUCUUACCCGAGUCUUUACUUAAUUAUUCCAGCUUUGGAAUUUUGUCUGUCCAACAAAAACCCAUCGUUUUGCUUACUUGUACUGCAUGUGGUCCAACAUUGUGGUACAUGUAUGUCACUUAUAUUAAUGCUUUAGCGUGUGCUAUCUAUGUAACCCACUCCCUUUGUUACCGACGGUAUAAUUCUAAGGAUUUGAUAACCUAGCCCGGAGAAUAACCCGAAUAUCCUGUCUGUAUAUAUGUUUUCGCCAUCCAUUCUUGGGCAGCGAUGCUACAUGUUGAUAAACCUUUUUGAGCUGGAAAUCAUGGCAGUGGGACCUCGUCAGUACGGACAACCAAGGGAUGGACUCAGUCAAGUGUUUGCAUAAUUUAUACAGAGGUGUCUGAAUGUUGGUAUUUUCAUAAGAACCCGUUGAUUAAGUUCAUACUGUUUCAUCCCGAUGCAGAUGAUUCUAUCUCGUAGCCCACUAGUUUUAAAUUCACGUACAAUUUUGACCGAAUCAUCAAUACAAGUAGUUCGACAAUGGUUAGAAAGUAUAGGGGAAGUUUGAGAUAUACUAAUGGGCUCGUGUCUGCAUUCGCCACUUUGAGGUUGCGCGGGAAAGCGGAUCGAGAUGCUUGUCAAAGUGUGCACACUAGAGAGCUUUAGAUUCCAAGACGAGUACGGCUAAAGAGUACGAGAUUUUCUCAAUACUAAGUGGUGCUCGCGAGUGAGGCAGCGUCAUUUUGGCGCGAAAACGUGGUAGCCGUCGUCACUCUACUACGAGUUUUAGCGAGAAUGUCGAAGUAGCGGAAACAGGUUAUGAAAUGUUAGAAGUUUUAUCAUUUUGCGAUCAGGAGAGGGUGCAACCUUCUUCACUAAAGGUAACAGUGCUAACUUUUCUAGUGAAAAAUGGUAAAAUGAAGCUUUCCGGGGAGUCUAUAUUUGUAGAAUAGGCGAAAAAACUUUAAGUCAAAUCUCGUACUCGUAGUCGUUCUCGUCCUUGAAUCUAAAGGUCUCUAGUACUAUGAGUGAAACGAGGUUCGGCCUUCCGUUUCAGCUGCCUGAUCAUAUUCAAAACAACUGUCCACGAACAGUAAUCCAGUGCCCUUACUAUUACAUUGGCUGCAAUGUCGAGGUAUAUACUUUAUAUUUUAGCAUGUUCUGUACCUUUCUCAAACAAACACACUUCAGGGUCGGCCAGAGGGGGGCGGGGGGGGGGGGGGGGGGUGAGGGGAAACACAAAAAACCCGAAAAAAAUCUUCCAAUAUCACAAAAAAUUAAAAAAAACACGUUUAAAAAAAAAAAAAUUUUAACAAAACCAUUUUAAACAACCAAAUAAAACAAAAAACCGGAAAACUGUUAACUUCGUAGUGAUUGUGGUGGGGCGAAGUGCGGGGUUUUACAUUUUGUGUUGCGGAGGUCGUGGUCCUUGCGCAGGGGAGGGCGCGGGGGGGGGGGGGGGGGGGGGGGGGGGGGGGGGGGGGGUGGUUAGUGGAAUACCAAAAUACCCGAAAUAAAUCUUCCAAUAUACCAAAAUAUUAUACAAAACUCGUUUAAAAUACCAAAAUAUUAUACAAAACUCGUUUAAAAUACCAAAAUUAAGAAAACCUCGGUAUACUUUGUACCCAAAAUUUGUCAUGAGUGAAUACGUUAUACCCAAUUUUUCAUCAUAAAAUUACUGUAUACCUGAAAUUAAAUAAUCCAACAUACUGUAUACCCAAAAACCCUGGCCGACCUUUUGAGGCCUUAAAAGUAAUAAAUGUCCCUAAAUGUAAUAAAGGUUCUAAAUGUGUAAAAGCAUGGAUAGUAUGGUAAUUAGGUUGCGUGUGCAAAAUACACUUCAAAUGGAGAUUUGUAGUUUAGCACUUUUUUUUGGUUCCUCGUUUGGUUUUCAGACAGUACUUUCGCCUAAUAAAGAUCUUUCUUCCCGCCAGUUUUAAAGAAUCGUACUCCAUCUUGGAACUUAGAGCACGAACAUAGAGCGCAAUGACUUCUAUUAUCCUGGAGACUUGGGAUGGUGUGGGCGACCGGCUGUAUUACUCGAAAUUUACGAAAACGUCCUUUCUGAGCUCCUUUAAAUUCAGAACCUUGGUCACUUUGCAGUACAAGAGUGGGUCCAUUUGUCCAUUUUCUAUGUAUAAUCCUUUAACUCCUUUACACACGUCAAAGACAAAUGAACAUGACCUAGUGAAAACAUUCAUGACGAACAAUGCAUAAUGAUUAUCAAUCCUUCAUCUGAAAUUUAAUCCCUCCACGCUUUCCAAGGUCCAACAGAUCUACUUGGUGUCUGACUUCCACCAAUAUGACUUCCACAAUGAGUAGAGUGUUUCACACUACUUCUUGAGUGGUUAGUUUUCCUCCUUUUCCCAAUAUUUUUAGUUUCCCUUGGAAAACCUGAAAAACCCAUGAACAACUGGAAACAAUGAUUAUGCAAAAUAUUUGAAGGUAAACACGCGGUGCGUUGUGGGCAAUGCGAAAAUGUUAAAUGUCUAUAAAGACUUCAAUAUGGCGUAGAAAGUGAAUCGCCUGGCUAUGACAUCCUAUCAGACCGUUGCAUGUUUCAGUCACUGCGUCUUCAUCAAGUUUACAGUCAACAGUUAUUCUACUACUGUUAGGAGUUUUAUUACAUUUAGAGCCAAAACUUAUUACACUUAGGACCUUUAUUACAUUAAGGAUCAUUUGAAACACAUUAGAUUAUUACAUUAAGGAUCAUUUGAGGCCUCAACAACCCACGCCCACUCCUUUUUUUCUUUCUAUCUCUCUUGUGCUCCGGCCAAUUCAAUUUUCUUUUGUGAUUUAUUACAGUGUCCUGAUUUUUUGUUUCUGAAUAUAGGUUCAAAGAGGAAAGGUUGAUUUCCAUUUGGAGUCUGCCGCCAAAGUUCAUCUUGACCUUGCUUGUGUGAAGCUAAAUAAAAACAACGAAGAGUUCCAAGAAGUAACCAAAAGACUUGAAGCUAAAAUUGAUGCCCUGGAAAAGCAAGUCGAAGAAAAGUGGAAUUUUCAACAACAGUCAAUGAAAGAUUUAAGUGUAAAGCUAAAUAGGGAAGUUUUGAAAUUAAAGGAGGAACCACCCCCUUUUGUUUGGAAGAUCAGUGGAUUUAACCGUCUGUUUAAGUCAGCAAAGAAAGGAAUAAACACUGAUGUAGAAAGUAGCCCCUUUUUUACCGGACCCGUAGGAUACAAGUUAUGCGUAUCUAUUUACCCCAAUGGGUACGGUGACGGGAAGAACACUCAUUUUUCAGUUUAUAUUUGUCUACUGAAAGGGAAGUAUGAUGCAAUAUUACCUUGGCCAUUUACGAAAACAGUGACAUUUACACUUAUUGAUCAGCAAGAAAAUGAACUGAAUGCGAAUAAUUUUGCUAUGUUUUUUACCCCGAAUCCUGCAAAUGCUAGUUUUGCUCGGCCAGUGCAAGAUUGUAACGAUGAAUGGGGAUUUUGUCGCUUUAUUUCUCACGAGCAACUCCGAAGUAGGCGUUACAUUGUAGAUGACACACUAUUUCUUAAAGUUCAGUGUACUUCUCCAGAUUAG